AUGAAGUGCUGUGGAACCGACUGCGAGAAAGAGGCGGGGACGUUACAAUGCCCGACGUGUCUGAAGCUGGGCGUCAAGGGCAGUUAUUUCUGCUCUCAGGACUGCUUCAAGAGGAACUGGUCCACACACAAAGCGUUGAUGCAUAAACCACAAAAUGGCGGACCUUACAACCCUUUUCCAACAUACCCAUACACUGGCUCCGUUAGGCCUGUAUAUCCACUAUCUCCACGACGACCGGUUCCCAAGUCCAUCAAGCAUCCCGACUGGGCCGAGACCGGCAUUCCCAGAGGCGAAAUGCGCUUGAGCAGGUCGAAAUGGGAGUUGUUGGACGCCAAGGGUCAAGAGGCCAUGCGCAAGGUAUGCAGGCUGGCCCGCGAAGUACUCGACAUAACUGCUGCGGCGAUAAAGCCCGGCGUGACCACAGAUUAUUUGGAUGAAAUCUGCCACAAUGCUUGCGUCGAGCGAGAGUCGUACCCAUCGCCGCUCAAUUACAAUAAAUUUCCAAAAUCUCUGUGUACGUCGCCAAACGAGGUCGUAUGCCACGGCAUCCCUGAUCAGCGGAUCCUCUUGGAUGGCGAUAUUGUCAACCUCGACAUUUCCCUGUACCACGGCGGGUAUCAUGCCGAUUUGAACGAGACUUACUACGUCGGAGACAAGGCCAAAGCCGAUCCAGACUCCAUCAGGCUCGUUGAAACUACGCGCGAGGCGUUAGACAUGGCCAUCGCGAUAGUCAAACCAGGUCUACCAAUUCGAGAAUUCGGCAAGGUUAUUGAAAACCAUGCGACUUCUAGAGGUCUCGUCGUCAUCAAAACCUGGGGCGGGCACGGUAUUAACACGGAAUUCCACCCUCCCCCGUGGAUCCCUCACUAUGGGAAGAACAAGGCUGUGGGAACAUGCAAGCCUGGGAUGACAUUUACAAUCGAACCUAUUCUGGCCUUGGGCAGCAACAAAGAGAAAUACUGGCCGGAUGACUGGACAAACGUUACGGUGGAUGGGAAACGAUCAGCGCAAUUUGAACAUACCCUGCUUGUUACGGAGACAGGUGUCGAGGUCUUGACAGCGAGGUUGGAAAACUCCCCUGGUGGGCCGAUUCCCAUACCGGAGAAUGCAACCGGAGGUGAAACUGGAAGUGAGACGAAAUAG